UGCAAGGGUGCAUCUCUUGCAUGUGUGCAGCUUCAGACUUGGUUCCUAUGCUGUUUACCUGUGUGCCGCUUUGGUCCCUUCGAAAGUGAUUGCCAGUGGCUGUGGAAAAGUUUCCUACAGUGGGAGGAAGGAACAAAGCAGCUCUGCCAAGGAACCUUCAGCAGAGGAUUGGCGAGUACCCAUGAAAUCAACUUCUAGCAUAUAACAAAGCAAAGGACAGUUCUUCCUCAUGUAACCGAGCAGUAUCCAAUCAAAAUGAGCACUUAUUAGAACUCCCCUCUCCUGCAUCGUGCACACCACAGAGUGCUAAGGACUGGCCUGAACCCUCGGGUCAAGAGGAGGUCCUGACUUGCCAUGAUCCCAGACAACCUCGUCUCCUGUCCCCUCUCAUCCUCCAGCUCCAUUUCUUUGUCCUCAGGGUUGAGGCCGCUGGCCACUGUCUCCAGUUCCCCUGAAGUAGGCACAGGGCUCAUGGAGGUGGCGUCACUGUCGAGGAUGGCUUCCAGCUCUUUAUAGAAGCGGCAAGUCUUCGAUGUAGCACUAGAGCAAUGAUUUAACUCCCUUGCUUCUAGUACGCCUUCCUCAGCUCAUUGAUCUUUGUAUGGCACUGAUUCGUGUUCCAUUUGUAGCCCUUCUGCAACAUGCCGUGAGAAAUCUUCCUGUAUGUAUCGAAGUUCCUACAGCUGGAGUGGGGCUAUGGUUGCACAGCUUCCUCUCCAGUAGAACCAACAACUCUGAUGUACUCCAUGCGGGAGAUUGUUUAGUGCGUGGAGCUGCCGUGGUGAGCUGGAAAGAUGCCAUGUGAGCUGUCCAGGUUGAGCAAACAGGAAGUGGAGUUUCAAGAUUUCCUGGUCCUUUUAAGGGUGAGGGGCAGAUGCCUGUGUACCUGGCAGCAGAGUUUGAACUGCUGACCAGAGCAGUCAGGAUGUUGCACCACCUGGAGGCCAUUUAUGGCAACAUAACCAAGUGCAAUGUGUGCACUGACACUGCAUCAGUCUAACUUUGGGUACGUCUACACUACCCGCUGGAUCGGCAGGUAGUGAUCAAUCUAUCGGGGAUCGAUUUUAUCGCAUCUAUCGAUUGCUCUGCCGUCGACUCCAGAACUCCACUGCGGCAAGAGGCAGAAGCGGAGUCGAUGAGGGAGCAGCAGCGAUUGACUUGCCGCUGUCCUCAUGGCCAGGAUUCCAGUUCAGUUGUAGAGUGGACACAAACCCCUAAAGAAAAAUCUCCACGAGGGUUGGACCACCAGAAUAAUUAUGAAGCAGAGUGGGACAUGGUCAACACUGUCUCGUUUAAAAAGAAGCUACGUUCUAAUGGAGAUGCCGCAACUCAUGCAAAUGGAGAAAGCAAGUGGUCAUUCCAGUUCAGUUUGACAGAUCUGAAGUCAAUCAAACAAAACAAAGAAGGCAUGGGAUGGUCUUAUUUGGUAUUCUGUCUAAAGGAUGAUGUCAUCCUUCCAGCUCUUCACUUCCAUCAUGGUGAUAGCAAAUUAUUGAUUGUGUCGCUUGAAAAAUAUGUGGUGUUGUGUGAAUCUCCACAGGAUAAAAGAAUUCUUCUUGUCAAUUGUCCGAACAAGAGUCUUUCACAGUCUUUUGAAAAUCUCCUUGAUGAACCAACGUAUGGUCUAAUACAGGGAGAACUACUAGACAGAAGAAAGACAUUUUGGGCGGUUCACCAUUGGAAAAAGUUGAAGAAGGAUCCGUAUACAGCAACUAUGGGAGGAUUUUCCAAAGUGACAAACUAUAUUUUUGAUAGUUUGCGAGGAAGUGACCCUUCAACUCAACAGCGACCACCAUCUGAAAUGGCAGACUUCCUCAGUGAUGCUAUUCCAGGACUAAAGAUAAAUCAACAGGAAGAACCAGGAUUUGAAGUUAUUACACGAAUUGAUCUAGGUAAACGACCUGACGUUAUCAGAAGAGAACCAGUGUCUGCUGAAGAAUGGACUAAGAACAUGGAUUCAGAAGGAAGAAUCUUAGAUGCUGACUUUAUAAAGCGCAUGAUAUUCAAAGGGGGACUCUGCCAUGCUUUGAGAAAAGAAGUAUGGAAAUUCCUUUUGGGUUAUUUUCCUUGGCACAGUACUAGAGAGGAAAGAACUAAUUUGCAAAAAAGAAAAACAGAUGAAUAUUUCAGGAUGAAACUUCAGUGGAAAUCAGUCAGCGAUGAGCAAGAAAAACGAAAUUCAAGAUUAAGAGACUAUAAGAGUCUUAUAGAAAAAGAUGUAAACAGAACAGAUAGAACAAACAAGUUCUAUGAAGGCCAAAAUAAUCCAGGAUUGAUCUUGCUUCAUGACAUUUUGAUGACCUAUUGUAUGUAUGACUUUGAUUUAGGGUAUGUUCAGGGAAUGAGUGACUUGCUUUCUCCUGUCUUGUAUGUCAUGGAAAAUGAAGUGGAUGCCUUUUGGUGCUUUGUAUCAUACAUGGAUCAAAUGCACGAGAACUUUGAGGAACAAAUGCAGGGUAUGAAGACACAGCUAAUUCAACUGAGUACUUUGCUUCGCUUUCUAGACAGUGGAUUUUGCAGUUACUUAGAAUCUCAAGACUCGGGAUACCUUUAUUUUUGCUUCCGAUGGCUUCUGAUCCGAUUUAAAAGAGAAUUUAGCUUUCAAGAUAUUCUUCGAUUAUGGGAGGUAAUGUGGACAGAGUUGCCUUGCCAGAAUUUUCAUCUUCUCAUCUGUUGUGCUAUCCUGGAAUCUGAAAAGCAGCAAAUAAUGGAUAAGCAUUAUGGUUUUAAUGAAAUACUAAAGCAUAUCAAUGAACUGUCUAUGAAAAUUGAUGUGGAAGAUAUACUCUGUAAAGCGGAAGCAAUUUCUAUCCAGAUGAUGAAUUGCAAGGAAUUGCCUCAAGCAGUUUGUGAGGUCCUGGGGAUGGAGACCAGUGCUGUUACAACACCAGAUUCGGACACUGGAGAAGAUGAAAAUGUUACUGUGAUGAGGCGUUCUUCAUCAACAUAUCAGAAUAUCUCAAUGCCUGUAACUGCUGCCAAUGGAACAAGAGAUAACGCACAACACACGGCUGUGACACAUAGUGCCCAAAGAUUGACACCUACAUAAUUACACUUGGUUAAAUUCUUGAAGAGACACUUUACUGCAGCUCUUUUUUUUCAAGCACUUGAGAGGUGGAUGUUUAAAAUUUGGUGUUUGAUUAAGCUUUAAGGUUUUGGAAAGAAAUUCUGUACUGUAAUGCUCUUGCAUUAAAGCUUUACAACAUGACCUGACCUAAUUAUUUUUGUAGUUACUUCUACCAAAAUAGCCUUUUGUUUUCAAUAACAUUCCUUACUAUUUUUGUAGCGAAGUGCAUUUCUUUUUUGGUAAUGAACUGGAAAUGGCUAAUAGUUACAAGCUGGGUGAUUUGGAAAUGAUGCAUCUACUGAGUUUUGACUUAUUAUUCUGAGCUUUGGUGAUUCUUUGGUUUGAUCAGAUUCAAAAUGGGUGAACUGAAGCUCCUGUACAGCAUUUCCAUGCUGAAAAGAUGGUGAUUUCCAGAAGAGGAACAUUUUGUGAAUGAACAGAGGUUUUUCCUUCUCAAAUGUUUACAAAAAUAUUUGUUGCUGUUUGAAUGUACAUUUGAAAUGGACGUUUUGACUUAUGCAGUUUAAUGUCCAGAUACUGAAUUUUGUGUAACCCAGGAAUGGAUAAACAAUAUAUUUUUUACAUUUAACAUCUCUUCACUUACACAUAUAUAUACUAUCUACAUAAGCAAUUAUUUGUGAAUACUAAAGGAAUAGGCAUAUUUUCAAUAUUUGAAUAAACUUGACUGUUCAUUAGUCAGUUUGACCAAAUUAAUACACAACAAUUUCAACCUGGCUCUUUUUGAAAACUAUUUUCUAAAUAAUUACUAUUUCUUGUGGGUCUGAUCAGUCCUACACCUGGUGUAAUUUUACAAUUAAUUUCUUGCGAAGUUUAUCUUUACCAAUAAUGUUUAUUAAAUUUGCUAGUAGUAUAUUAACUGAUCAGUAAACUCCUACUUACACUGUUUCUAUGUCAGACUAUUUGGGGCAUUUAAAAGCAGGUACAAAACUCUUAGAAAAUCUUAAUCACAAUGAUCUUAAUAAAACAUUCUUUUGUAUAUGAAAAAGGCAGUGUGAGUUUAUACCAUGCCAUGCUGUAUGAUUUUCUGAAGUCUUGUGGUAUUUAACAUAACUGAUUCAAUAUAUUCAUUGUUAUUUUGCAACUAUUGUACAUAUUAUAAAAUAAACCUCAAAACCAA